CUCUCUCUCUCUCUCUCUCUCUCUCUCUCCUUUUAAACCCCUCCCUCAUUCUCUGAUGCUAAACAGAUUACAGAGGAUUCGCUUAUUUAAAGACUUCCUCCAUAACCCAUGCAUCUAACAAAUCUCUCCUAAACAAGCUCAGAGAUCAGACCUUCUUUCUUCACUCUAGUUUUUACCUCAGACGAGGAGCCCCAGCGAGAGCUCCACACACACCAGCCACCAAGCUGUCUCUGCGUCUGCUUCCUGCCAUCAUCGUGGACAACGACGAGGACGACGAUGGAAACUUCACCAAAUGGAUGAGCAGCUACUGGGGACACGGAGGCAGAGAGGAGCGGACUAAAGAACGCAAGAGGAGCUUCAGAAGGUCCAGACAGUCCACAUGUGACCGUAGAUCUUCACUGCCCUGCAUGUCCCAGCUUGAGGCCAUGCGUCUGAAGCAUCCUUCCACUCCCACUCACAUACAGCGGCAUGAGGAGGAGAGGGAGAUACGCUCACAUCCUCACGCUCGCCGUGUCUCAUCAGACGAAUACAGAGGGAAGAAAGCUGAAAGAGCAGAGAGUCGCAUCAACACCGUCCCUGAGCUGACCGAGUCUUUCAAGAGAAUGCUGCGCUUCCAUAACCGCAGAGUCCCGGCACUGAGCAAUCCGGAUAACACAUGUCUGAUCUGCCAUGAAGAGACAUGCAGGAGAGGCAGAGAAACAGGAAGAGGAGCCCAAGAACUUCACUGCUCCCAUCGCCUCCAUAAAGAGGUGAGGAGGCUGGAUCAGGGUGCUCGUCCACGCAGCCGGAGUUCUGCUGCUGUGUGCGAAAGCAGGACCGAAGGACUGCUCUGUAGCAAACAGGAAGAAUACCGCCUUCCCCGGCAACGUCGCUCUUUACGCCGACAGCGCUGAGACUCUCUGAACAAUCCAAUAUUAAAAUUACUGAAGUAUUAAAAAACAUCUACUUUUAGCAUGUUUACAAUACACACCUUAAGAAAAAAAAACUUUCCUUCCCCUUUCUAUGCACUUUCCCCGACUUUACUGAUGGGGCAAAGCGUUCUGUUCUUUUCUCCUGUCACCAUAGCACUUAGUCACACUGAUUCUCUCAGUGUCGAAGAGGUGUGACUAAUUAUUAAGGGUCAAUUAGACAUACAAUAUCAGCUGCAUUUCUAAUAUACAGGGGAGAAAAAAGGGAAAACGGUCCACAUUUUCUAUCCCUUUUUUUGUGCUUGAAGGUUUUAAAGGCAGCGAUUGUGACUUAAAUUAUAAAAAAGGUUUUAAAAUUUUAAACUUAAAAUUUUAUUGCUCAAGUACACAACUACGUACAGUACACAUGCAGCAAAAUACUUUUUCGACUGUCUGGGUCAUAAAAACAGAAUCAAAACAAACUAAUUGAAUAAUAAUAAUAAUAAUAAUAAUAAUAAUAAUAAUAAUAAUAACAAAAAAAUUACCUAUACGAGUAGGAAAGAGGAAGAAUAUAUAGAAAAUAUAAUAUAUGAAUUAUAUAUUUAUAAAGUGGUAAGAAAGUGUUGUCCCUUUUAAGUCAAAAAAUGUACAUAUACAAACAGUGUCUAUGGUUAUUGUAAAAUCUGAUGCUGCAUGAUGUGAAAUUAUUAUUAUUAUCAUUUUCUACUCCUCGUUUCCUCCUCAAAUAAAUUAAAGUCCUCUUCUCUUCUUCUCUUGCACAUUUUUAACAGAUUAUUAAAAAGACAAUUGAGAUAAUUAAUAAAUGUAAAAUGUAAUAAAUUAAUUAAUAAACCUUCCUUUUUACAUCGCAUCAGAAAAGUUAGAAAUCUGUGUUUGUUUUUUUUUCUACACAAUGACAGCAUCUGAUCCUGACUGUACAUAAUUACACUAAAUGUUCUUUUCUAAACAUUCCCAGGUUCGUUGUAUAUAUUGUUCAAAAUACCUUGAAUGGUGCCAGUUUGCUGAUUUCAUCCUGAUCUCAACAAUAUACUGUAACCCAUUGUUUCUUGUGUUUUUUUAACUUCUUGACCUAAACAUGAAUGUCUGUUCCAUGGGAAAUAAACAAGUUCAGUUUAAAUGAAGAA